GCGUUCCCCUGCCGCAAGCGUGCCUCUCUCGCAACGCCCCGAGCAGAUCCCCUUUCCCUUUCUCGCACCCAACUCAGCCACACCCACCCCACCCAGCUCAAAUCCGACGCCACCAACGACCGCGCCCGCCACCAAGCUUCCGCCUUUUCCUCCACUGACCCCUCCUCAUCUUCCCUCUCACGGAGCCAGUCAAGCCCCUCUCUCCUCUCUCUGCGCGCGCGCGUGUGCCCCGCUGUUUAUGCGCCGGUAGAUCCCCGACGCGACGCGUCCCGCGGAGGAGGAGCUAGGCCGAGAUGAACUCGACGGCGUACUCGCGGCCGUCCAAGCUGCCGGGCGGCGCCGGCGACAGGAGGCCGCCCACGCGCCUCCGGGGCUUCGCCUCCAAGAUCGAGCCCAAGAAGCUCGGCGCCGGCCUCCUCGCCGGCUGCUGCCUCGCGCUCCUCACCUACGUCUCCCUCGCCAAGCUCUUCGCCAUCUACUCCCCCGUCUUCGCUAGCACGGCCAACACGUCCGGCCUGCUCCAGAACACCCCGCCGGCGUCGUCGUCCGUCCCGGAGACGACGGAUGCCAUCCCAGCCGAAGACACCACAUUCAUCGGCCGCGAGAACGGCAACGCCGUGGAUCCCGUCGAUUUCCCGGAGGAGGGGCCGGCGGCGGCCGGCUCUCAAGAGCCCGGCGUACCGGAGGUGCUCUCGAGGAAGGAGGACGAAGCCGAGAAGGCGGCGGAGGCGGCGACGACCUCCGUGCCAAAGCCAUCUGCGGAGGGCGGCGCCGGCGGGGAUGGGGCGGCAUUAGCAAAGAUGAGCUGCGACGAGAACGGGGUGGACGAGGGGUUCCCGUACGCGCGGCCGUCGGUGUGCGAGCUGUCCGGCGACAUCCGGAUCAGCCCCAAGCAGAAGACCAUGUACCUGGUGAACCCGUCGGGCGCCGGGGGCUUCGACGAGAACGGCGAGAAGCGGCUCCGGCCGUACGCCCGCAAGGACGACUUCCUCCUGCCCGCCGUGGUGGAGGUGACCGUCAAGUCGGUCCCCUCCGCCGCGGCCGCGCCGCAGUGCACGAAGAAGCACCGCGUGCCGGCGGUGGUGUUCUCCGUGGCCGGCUACACGGACAACUUCUUCCACGACAACACGGACGCGCUGAUCCCGCUGUUCCUGACGGCGUCGCACCUCAAGGGCGAGGUGCAGCUGCUCAUCACCAACUACAAGCCAUGGUGGGUGCAGAAGUACACGCCGGUGCUGCGCAAGCUCUCCAACUACGACCCCAUCAACUUCGACGCGGACGCCGGCGUGCACUGCUUCGCGGCGGGGUUCCUCGGCCUGUACCGCGACCGGGACCUCAUCAUCUCGCCGCACCCGACCCGCAACCCGCGCAACUACACCAUGGUGGACUACAACCGCUUCAUCCGGUCGGCCUACGCGCUCCGCCGCGACCGGCCGUCGGCGCUCGGGGAGGUGCCCGGGAUGCGGCCGCAGAUGCUGAUCAUCUCCCGCGGGGGCACGCGGAAGCUGCUGAACCUGGAGGAGGUGGCGGCGGCGGCGACGGAGCUGGGGUUCAACGUGACGGUGGCGGAGGCGGGCGCGGACGUGCCGGCGUUCGCGGCGCUGGUGAACGCGGCGGACGUGCUGCUGGCGGUGCACGGGGCCGGGCUGACGAACCAGAUCUUCCUGCCGACGCAGGCGGUGGUGGUGCAGAUCGUGCCGUGGGGGAACAUGGACUGGAUGGCCACCAACUUCUACGGGCAGCCGGCGCGGGAGAUGCAGCUCCGGUACGUGGAGUACUACGUGGACGAGGAGGAGACGAGCCUCAAGGACAAGUACCCUCGGGAGCACCUGGUGUUCAGCGACCCCAAGGCGCUGCACAAGCAGGGGUGGCAGGCGCUCGCCGAGACCAUCAUGAAGCAGGACGUGAAGGUGAACCUCACCAGGUUCCGGCCCUUCCUGCUCCAGGCCAUCGACAAGCUGCAGGAGUAGCGGCGGCCGCGGCGGCGGCGUCUCCAUUGUCAUCCCAGGGUGGUGAUGGCAGGUAUACUACUCACGUCACAAUCACAUACACAUACACAAGCGAACAACACGACGACAAGAAACGCGGAACAUUGUAAAACUAGUGCACAUUGGAAAGGGUCAUGAUCAGAUUGGUUUGUUGGUUGGUUUUGUAAUGUUCAUUAUUUGUUCUUCAGUUCACCUGCAGUUCAAAAUAGGCCAGCACGCCAGCACGGUGUGAUUUCAGUAUGAACCUUAGUUUCGUCGAAUUUUAAAAAAUGAUACAGCCAGCCAACCCAGCUAGCUGGAGUGGAUUGAUUUUGAUGAAAUACUACAAUGUUAUUUCUGCAAA